UUUACAGACAGGUAUAAGUUUCCGCUCUUCGGAGAUCUCCCCCGCGAUCACGAAAUGCUUAGGCGUCUGUUUCUGCGAGCUCCCACUUCUUAUCGUCAGGCAUCCCAUGCCUACUACUUUGCUCCGCAGCUCUCCGCACGAGUGCCACCACCUGCGGCUCAUUCGCUUUCUAUAACACGCUUCUUGUGCUCUUCUUCAUCGUCCCAAGUCCCAGACGGUACAUCCGUCGAACACGUAGAGGACGAUGUCAACCUGUCCGCUUCUCCACCGGCCGCCACAAUCUCCAUCGACCGCUCCGGCCUCUACAAUUCUCCAGAGCAUUCUCACGAGCCUUCUCCGGACUCCGAGCUCAUCAAGCACCUCAAAAGCAUUAUCAAGUUCCGCGGUGGGCCAAUCUCAGUUGCUGAGUAUAUGGAGGAAGUUCUGACAAAUCCCAAAGCUGGGUUCUACAUUAAUCGGGAUGUUUUUGGAGCAGAGGGUGAUUUUAUAACCUCUCCUGAAGUAAGCCAGAUGUUUGGGGAGAUGAUUGGGGUUUGGGCCAUGUGCUUGUGGGAGCAAAUGGGACAGCCAAAUAAAGUGAACCUAGUUGAGCUGGGUCCUGGACGAGGAACUCUUAUGGCCGACCUUCUUCGUGGUGCCUCAAAAUUUAAACACUUCGUCCAAUCGUUGAACAUACAUAUGGUAGAAUGUAGCCCAACAUUACAGAAGCUUCAAUACAUUAACUUAAAAUGUGAGGAUGAAAAUAAUACGGAUGGCACGGUUGACAAAAAGACUUUCAGCUUGUUGGCUGGAGCUCCUGUGACAUGGCAUGCUGCACUAGAGCAGGUUCCUUCAGGAGUGCCUACUAUUAUCAUUGCUCAUGAAUUUUAUGAUGCCUUACCAGUUCACCAAUUUCAGAAGGCUUCUCAUGGCUGGUGUGAGAAGAUGGUUGAUUUGGCAGAAGACUCAACGUUUCGCUUUGUUCUAUCUCCACAGCCUACGCCUGCAACACUCUAUCUAAUGAAGCGUUGCAAGUGGGCUGCAACUGAAGAGUUAGCAAAGCUUGAUCAAAUUGAGGUUUGCCCCAAGUCAAUGGAAUUGACUCAAACUAUUGCUAAGAGAAUAAGUUCUGAUGGAGGAGGGGCUCUUAUAAUUGAUUAUGGACUGAAUGCAGUCAUCUCAGAUAGUCUGCAGCCCAAUCCCACAUGUCAGGCAAUUCGGAAACACAAGUUUGUCAACAUUCUGGAUGAUCCUGGAUCCGCUGAUCUCAGUGCAUAUGUUGAUUUUGCUUCCAUCAGACGCUCUGCUGAGGAAGUUUCAGGUGAUGUGUCUGUCCAUGGCCCAAUUACUCAGUCUCAGCUUCUUGGUGCUCUUGGGAUAAAUUUCCGAGUGGAAGCUCUACUUCAGAAUUGCACGGAUGAACAAGCCGAGUCCCUCAGGACAGGAUACUGGCGUCUGGUGGGCGAGGGCGAAGCCCCCUUCUGGGAGGGACCUGAAGAACAGGUGCCUAUUGGAAUGGGUACCCGGUAUUUGGCAAUGGCUAUUGUGAACAACAGGCAAGGUGUUCCGGUUCCCUUUUGAGUGAGGUCUGGUAUCAUAACGUGGCACUUCGUAAUCUUAUAUGUCCACUAGAGCUUUAUUGGUUGUUGGAAGGGAUCCAAUUUUUGAAUUUGUGCUCCCUUAUAUUAAUUUAUCGACCCGGUUUUAUGGUGACGAUUGUCACAGCGGCCGCCUACCAAGUAAAUAGGUGAAUUUGCUGUCACAGUGAUUAGUUGGGACUUCCUUUCUGGCA